AUGGAAUAUAUUUCUGAUUAAGCUUUAGAUUCAGAUAAAUCUAUAUUCACUAAACAAGAGCACUGUGAUAAUCCAGAAACCCACAAUGGGGCAUACAACAGAUUAAAAAAUGGAGCUUUCAAUUAUUAAAAACAAACAUUGAUUUAAGGAGAAGGCGAGUAAAGAGGAUAGCCUUAAAACUCGAAACAAAAUUUACAAUAAAAACAAAUCAACAGUACCAAUGAUUAAUCUAUGAAUAAUAUGUCAUCAACUUAUGAUAAUUCAAAUCAUAACUAUACCCUAUCUUAAUAAUAACAAAACCACAUCCAUAAUGAUCUAGAUUAUUUCAAUCAUUAGUAUAAUAGAAAUUAGCAAGAAAAUUUUUAAGAUUUUUAAGAACCUCCGAGAAAUCAUACAAAUAAAAACAAUUUAUCACAAGCUAAUGAAAGUCUAAAUGAAGAAAAAAACUUUAAUAGUUAAGAAUAAGCAAAAAACUAAGACUCUCAGAAAUAGCCUUUAACUGAAAAAGUUUAUAAUAUUGCUACUUAUGAACUAUAACCUGAAAUUAAAGGUAUGAUAGUUGCUUUGAAAUAUAUCGGUGUUCCUAAUCAUAAAGUAGUAGAAGAAAUCGGAAAAUUAGGAUUCACAGUUUCUGAUAGUAACGUUUUUAUGGUAUGGGAAGAAUGGACUGAAGAGAGAAAUAAGUUAGGAAAGUCUAUUUUUAGAGAUUAAAGCUAAGCUUUAAAGGCUUCAAGAGGACAAUAUAAAAAGAGUAAUAAAGUAAAUAGAAAAUUUUCUGGAAGAUAAUCAAGUGAUGAAGAUGAAGAUAUAGAUUAUUAAUACGAUGACGAAGAAGAGGAUGAAGAAGAUAGCCUCAACGAUUAUAAAAUUCCACCUAAAAAUAGAGUGAAUAAAUAUCCUAAUGACAAUAGAAAGAAUUACCAGCAGAGCGAGUUAGAAAGUGAAAGCUAUGAGUUUAAUGAGAAUACAACUCCUUUAAAAGGAAAGAAAUAUUCUCAGCUCAUUAACUUUAAAGAGGGGAAAAAUUAUUAACCAUCGCUUUUUGAUGGAGAUAUCAAUAGAUAGGAGAGUGAGGAGAUUGAUUUUGAUUCUGAUUAUGAUGAGAAUUAUAAAAAGAAAUUGAAUGAAAGCAGAAAGUAGAAUCUAAAAACUUUUGAGAAGCACCCAAAGAAAUAAGUUAAGAUGCAUGGAGAUCAUAUUCUAUUUUAUAACCUUGAAGCUGGUCAAUGUGUAUUCUGUGCCUAGAAUAAUAAAGAAAAUGAAGUUUAUACUACCUGCAUGGAGUGUGAAGGUUAAGGAGAAAAUAAAUUUUUUAUAUGUGAAGAAUGUUUUGAUUAAAAUCACAGCAAACAAGAUUAAAACCAUUAAAACUAAUAAAAGCAGUUUGUUAAAAACGAAGACUAAGAACAACCUUUCAUUGAUACUGAAGACUCAGAAACAGAAAAUCAUUAAAAGAAUCUCAAAAACAAAAAAUCUCAUGAAAAUGUCGGUGUUAAUGAAGAAAAUAAUUAAAAUUAAAACAAUUAAGGCAAAUCUAAUCAUCCAAAUAAUUAAGAAACUGUUUAGAAAGAACAAAAAAAUAAUUUAACCAACUAAAAAGAAAAUAUGUAAUAAAAAUAAAAAUCUGAUACUCUUGCAGACGAAGAUAAAGAAAUUCUAUAAAAAUAAGAAACUCAGACAAAUGAGACCAAUUAUGAAUUAAAUCUCAUAGAAAGAAUUCAAAAAAGUUAAUUAAAAGUUAGUGUAACUGAUGAUUUUGCAAAAUCUAUAUAAGAUAAUAACGAUUCACCACUAGUAAACAAACAACCAGUUGAAGGAAUAGCCCAAAGCUAACAAAUGUAAAAUAAUUCUAAAAUUUUUGCUUAGUAAAAAAAGAUUUUGAAAAUUUAUAAAAAUCCUUAAUCUAUUUAGCAAUGA